AUGGAGGGGGGUGGCGGGGAGGGGAUCUGCAGCACCAGCCCCCCCCCCCCCCCCCCCCUUCUCCUCCAUCCCUCUGCUGCGGGUGCAGCAGUGGGGGAGGGGAUCUGCAGCACCAGCCCCCCCCCCCUUUCUCCUCCAUCCCCCUGCUGUGGGUGCAGCAGUGGGGGGGAGGGGAUCUGCAGCACCAGCCCCCCCCCCCCCCCCCCCCCCCCCCCCGCCCCCCACUUCUCCUCCAUCCCCCUGCUGCGGGUGCAGCAGUGGGGGGGAGGGGAUCUGCAACCCUGUGCGCCCCGCGCGCCCUGCUGUCCUGCUGCCCUGCGCGCCCUGCGCGCCACGCGCGCCCUGCUGUCCUGUGCGCCCCGCGCGCCCUGCAGCCCUGUGCGCCCCGCGCGCCCUGCUGCCCUGCAGCCCUGUUCGCCCCGCGCGCCCCGCGGCCCUGCAGCCCUGUGCGCCCCGCGUGCCCUGCUGCCCUGCUGCCCUGUGCUCCCCGCGCGCCCUGCUGCCCUGCAGCCCUUGUCACUUGUUCCCCAUCCGCCGGCGCUUCCCCAUCCCCCUUCAUUGGAGGCGCUCUCCUCUUCUUUCCAUCCGCUCCAGGCAAAUGUUCCGCGCGACUCUGCAAGGCUCCAUUGGCGAAGCUCUUCUGCUUCGCGGCGCACCAGUUCUUCUUCUUUCGCCAUGGUGAGCUUCACCGUGGGGUCGCGCUAG